AAGACUUCCAAACCCUGAUCAGCUUACUCAAGAGAAUGCCACUUCUGACACAAUUAUACAGGGGUAGUUCAGUGGCGGAGUUUGACAUGAAGUGGCGACACUGGAGAGAUGAAUGUCAAAGGAACUACGAGGAACAAAAGUUCUCCACGAACGCAAAUCUGGAAACAGUAGUCAGGAUUCUGUGUGGCGAGGACGCGGUGUUCAGUGAAGUGAAGGACUUCUGUGACCCCUGGUAUCACAUGCUGAUAGCUAAAGCCCUCUACCAGGACCCCACAAUUAAAGCCUGUGAUCUUCAUUAUUAUAUCCAGAGAUGUCAGGAUGAGUAUAGGAGCAGUACAAGGAUGGGAGAACUAGACAAUAUUUUACGGUCCACGCUCGAGUCUGACGUGUACCAAGUCAUCAAGGACAGCAGGUCAGUGUUUAGUAAUGGAUGGUUCGUAGCACACCUAACAGAUCUACUUCAACAUUGUGGACAGCUGGACACUCACAGAUUACAAUUUGGUUCAGAUCUGAGGGAGUUCCUCCUGUUAGAAUAUGCCAGUUCCCUCAUGUCACACGAAAGUUUGUGGAUAGUUGGUGUUAGUUAUCUUGACCAUUGUGCAGAAUUCGGAAGGAAAUACCUUGAAUUAUAUAUGGAUCACAUCCCAGUAGAUUCUGAGCGGAAGGCAAACAAAAUUCUGAAGAUUUGUGAAGAUCGCAACAUGACAGAACAAUCCAAAAGUAUCUGUAAAGUGAUGGGGAUGAGGUGUAUUAAGAACAAACGACUUGGAGCUGCUCUUACUUGGUUUUUGAGGUCAAAGGAUGUUGGGUUUGCCACAGUUCUUGCAGAAAAAUUUUUACUGGAGUACAGUGAAAAUGGAGAGUUCACGAACCUUGACCUCAUAGAUCACCUAGGUCCAUCCAUGUUGCUAAGCAACAGACUAACAUUUUUAGGAAAAUAUCGUGAGUUCCACAAGCUUUAUUCUGAGGGGGAGUACCGAGCUGCUGGUGACCUACUUUUAGCUCUGUUACAAGCUCGUCUGGCUCCAAAGCAGUUUUGGAUAACAUUGUUAAUCGAUGCAUUACCUCUACUAGAAAAAACAGAGCUCAUCUUCAACAGUCAACAAACAUAUGAACUGAUGCAGUGCCUUGAGGAACUGACCACAGAGUAUAGUCUGGGAAAGAAAGUCGAUGGACUAGGAUUCACAGAAGCUAGAAAAGAACAAUUGGAUGUGUUGAAAGAAACAUUGACAAAGAACUUAGCCAAAGCCAUACUUCAGGAAGGGACUGUGAAAAUAUUUUGAGAUCUCCUCUGAUUAUGAUCUCCAGGCAGCAGUAAAAUGACAGACUCCUAAUUCAGGGAACGUAAUGUGCACAUAAAGAUUCCUAAAAUUCAUUUGUUGAAUAUAAAUGCAUGUGUUACAUGACUGACAUGUUGCAUAAAAUGUGUUCACCUUAUCUUUAUUUAUUGAGAUUGUGACAAAAGUCUAAUUGCUUUAAUUUGAAUCAGAUGAUUCAGAUGAUAAUUAAAAACUGAAAUAAAACUCUCUGUGUGAUUUUUAAUAUUUAGAAAAUUCUGCUCCUAUGGAUCUUUGGAAGAAAGAAAAGUAAAUCACUAAUGUUAAUCUGUCAAGAAGAAUUUAUAUUUGUACAUCAAGUGGACAAAUAAAGACUGAAAAUGCACACAUUGAUUCA